ACCAUCAUCUCUUAACCAGCUAGUUUACAGUCGUUCCCUUCUUUCUUUUCCGGUUGCUCAACGACAAUGAAGGCAAUUGACAUUGCAUGGCAGCUGACAGCAUACGGAGGAAUCGUGCUGGGAUUGCUCGUGCUUGUGCAAGCCCUACGUGGUCUUUUCUGGCUUGUUAAACUGUUUAUUAUCGCUCCGCCUCGCGAUCCUCUGAGAUAUUUGCCUGGCCCCGAUGCUUCUAGGCUAGUGAAUCACUUCAACGAGGUCAUGGAUCCUGAACGUACUCCGUCCGUUCAUGAGGAUUGGGUACGAAGAUUCGGAAAGACUUUUCGAUAUCAUGGGUUCGGAGCACAUGAUUAUCGUCUCAUGACAUUUGACCUCCGUGCGGUUUCCCACGUUCUCAACUCCCCCGCAUUCGAGAAACCAUGGCAGACUCGAAGACUUCUGUCUCGCUUGCUUGGUCAAGGUGUGUUUGCAAAAGAAGGUGAAGAACACCGCAUAAAAAGGAGGAUAAUUGGCCCUGCUUUCACACCACAAGCACUAAAGAACAUGACUCCUGUCAUGUUUCAUAAGGCCGAAGAACUUAGGAAUAAGUGGAUAUCGAUGAUCACAGACGGAACCAAAACUAAAUGGGAUGGUAUUGUUACUGGUCUGCCAAAGGAAUCCCUUCCGAAAUCAAGGCCAGGAAACGAAAAUCGGGAGAAGGGCCUUGUUGAUGAAGCAUUGAUUGACGUCGCGCACUGGGUCUCACGCGCAACAUUCGAUGUCAUUGGACUCGCAGGUUUCGAUUAUGCGUUCCGGUCCCUUGAGGAUGAGACGGAGGAAGUUUAUCUCGCGUACCGUACAAUGUUUUGGGCUGCAGAUAAAGGACCUGGGUUCAAGCGUAUUGCAGAGCUCUUCUUCCCCAUCAUCGAGAAGCUUUGGCCUGAUGAAGGUAUUCGCCAAGUUAAUGCAUCGCUACGACCUAUCAAGAGGAGGGGGGAGGAAAUCGUUAGAAGCAAGAAACAAGCAGUACUGGCGGAAAUUGCAAGCUCAAAGGAAAUUUGGGACAAGGACAUUCUUUCACUGCUAAUCAAGGCGAAUCUGUCCGAAAACGCGUCUACUCGACUUUCCGAUUCAGAGCUGCUAGACCAGCUUUCUACUUUUUUGUUUGCUGGGUCCGACACCACUGCAAUUUCUAUCGCUUGGGCUCUCCAUUAUCUCGCACUCGAUCCCACAAUUCAAAAUCGACUACGAGAAGAGCUUGCGACUUGCUAUGCGGACCCUUCCACCAACACUGACUACAUCGAUGCACUCGACAACUUACCUUUCUUGGAUGCCGUCGUUCACGAAACUUUGCGUCUAGCACCACCAGUCCAUGGUACAAUACGUGUUGCGAUGAAAGACGAAGUGAUCCCAUUGAGCGUGCCUGUCACACUUCGCACUAACGAGAUAGUGACUGCAGUGCGCAUCCGAAAGGGAAGUUACGUGCAUAUCCCAAUCGAAGGUUUGAACUACAGCAAAGACAUCUGGGGGGAGGAUGCUUUGCUUUUCGGACCUGACCGAUGGUUCACACUUCCUGCUACCGCCUCGCACCACCCAGGCCUAGCAAACGUCAUGUCCUUCACAUUCGGACCUCACGCAUGCAUCGGCUGGCGUUUCUCCUUACUGGAGAUGAAAGUAUUCCUUGCGUCGCUCGUCCCUCACUUCGAGUUCGCACCUGCUGCAGAGAUCAAGAAGUACAAUGCUAUCGUUACGCGUCCUUAUAUUGAGGAUAGAUUUGAACAUGGCCCCGCUCUUCCUCUUAGGGUUUCGAAGUUCAUUCCUUAACUAGCUUCGAGUUGAUAUUCAACGCAAUUUGGGCAAUGAUCUUGACAACAAUUUAUAAUCAUAUCUCUAACUUAUUGUUAAUUUUGAUUCUACUUUCACGCGUCUGCAUUCAUUGAAACGUACCAGUGACCAGAUUGUAUCAUUCA